AGCUGCCUGACAGAUGGUAAAUACUGGCAUUUUCAUUUUGUAAGUCGCUUUAUCAUGACUCAGUCGCAAAAGAAAAACAUCUUCGGGUGUUAUUGAACGAAAGAAAAGACAAAUCGACUAGCAUUUACAGAAACUCGUUUGUCACACCUUAUACGGUGACAAUAAAUCGUAGUUCAGUGCGAGAUUUAGUUUGUUAUUCAACACAGUGCGUGUCGUGUUCGGUCAAAGGCGAAGAUCCUCUGGAGAAAGAAAAGUGCUUCCCUGGCUGGUGCGGAAAAGGAAAUUUCAGCAAAAGCCCAAUUUGCUACCGAUUACACUCCAUCCAAUGGGCAGGUGAAAGCGCACGGUGACGCAAAAUCGAAAAACAACGGCAAAUUAAUUCCACCCCAUCAUGAAACUGGAUCACCUGGCGAUAUUUCUGGCAUUUCUGUAUCUGCAAUGUUACGUCUGGGCCGACAGCUCAUCAGAAGAAGAUAGUUCUUCCGACGAAGAUCAGAACGAGGCCCUGCUAGUAGAAGACCCGGAGUUCGACCUGCUUAUAUUCACCCAACGAUGGCCCAUAACGGCUUGCUACGAAUGGCGCGAGAAAAGCGCAGAUCACAUCUGCGGAUUGCCUUCAGCGCAGAAUAUUUGGACUAUCCAUGGAAUCUGGCCCACCAAGCUGAAUACCAUAGGGCCCAGCUUUUGCAACAAGACUGCGGUUUUCAACGUCACGGAACUGGAUCCCAUCGAGAAGCAGCUAGAGCAGUUCUGGAUCAACGUAGAGAAGAACAAGCCUUAUGAUUCUCUGUGGCGGCAUGAAUGGCUGAAGCACGGAACCUGCGCAGCAGCCGUAAUGGUUCAGCUGAACACGGAGGACAAAUAUUUCGGUCAGGGCCUAACAUGGCUGCAACAACACUCGAUGGCCGAUGUGCUUGGAGAGGGAGGAAUAAAACCUGGUCAAAACUAUACUGUGCUGGAGAUUCGUCAAGUUUUGAUAGAUCGACUUCAGAAGAACAUGGCCAUAGAAUGCUACCACGACAAGGAAACGAAACAGCAAUUUUUAAACGAGAUACGCGUGUGCUUCAACAAAAACCUAGAACUGGAAAACUGUGAUGGAAUAUUGUUUGAGGAUGUUUUCAUCGAUCAGCCCCAAGGUAAAAUCAUCACGAACUGCAAUGUGAACAAGCCCGUAUUCUAUCCGGCAACGGUACCAUUGUCGCGUUACGAGAAGACGCACAUGUCUCCAUUUGAUCUACACACGAAAUUUUUAGAAGAGUAUAAACGACAGAAAGCAAAGGAAAACAAAAAUAUGAAGAUUUUGGUUAAUAUCUAUAAGCUUAUUCAGCUGCUCAAGUGGUCAACGAUGUGAAAAAUGACGUAAACAUUGCACUAUCGAACUCGUCUUUCAGCUUGCUUCUAUCAAGUUUUCAAGGACAAGGACUCAUCACGCCGAACAUAAUUUCAUUUUUAUUAAUUUUCACAUAAAUUAGGCUUACCAAAUUACAAUCAACGACUUUGACGUGUACCUUUAGACUACGAAACACACAACAUACUGCUAAUUCGGCUAACGAAAUAAGCGGACAAGCAACCGUCUGUAAAUAGCAUCUUUUACAGUUAUCGAAAUUAUCCGUAAACGAAAUGACCUGAACCCAUGCAUAGUGUGAUAAAAAUACAUUUAAACACCACAAACAUGAAAGCUUUCUUUCAAUUUUAUUUAAAUAAAAGUGACCAGCAGGGAGCUGAGAUUUUUUUUUCUUUUUCAUCUUUUAGACAAAACUAAUAAACACUUAAUUCCAAACCAA